GCACAAGCUAAACUUGAGUUUGGUGGUUCCAAUCCGGUACUCGACAAACAUGAACCUGAAUCAGCUGUUCCAAAUUCGGUAUUUGUCAAAGCUUCACGUUUUGGAUCUAUUUGCUAUAAAUUCAUAAGGCCCUACGCAAUGAUUCAAGUAAUUAUAGCAUCCAUCUGUUUGUUUGCGAGAGUUUUGGUCGAGAAUCCACAAUUGUUUAAAUGGUCUCUGUUGUUUAAGGCAAUCCCUGGCCUAAUUGCUAUAAUACAUGCACAUGUUUAUAAUUUUGGCAUUAAUCAGAUUUUUGAUGCCGAUAUUGACAGGAUAAACAAACCUUAUUUGCCCAUACCUUCAGGAGAUCUUUCACUAAAACAAGCUUGGUUUUUGAUGAUAUUUUCUGUACUUAGUGGCCUAUUGAUUUUGCGAGUGAUGAAUGCCGACCUAAUCACUACUUCUUUCUAUUGCUUUGGUAUUUUAUUGGCUACCUUGUAUAAUGCCCCUCCGUUUCGAUUCAAGGGAUCUCCAGUCGCCACAAUUAUUACGAUUCCAUUGAAUACUACUAUCAUUAACAAUAUUGGUGUACUUUACGCCACCAUGACUUCCCUUAGACUUCCAUUCUGGUGGAGUCCUCAAAUUAUUUUCAUCACUAUCUUUGGUACAUUAUUUUUCGCGGUCACUUGCAUCAUAAAAGAUAUCUCGGAUGUGGAAGGUGACAUGAAGCAUAACAUUCGAACAUUCGCGGCAACAUUCGGAUCUAAAAAUAUGGCAUUACUUGGCAUGGGAAUUUUAUUAGUAAACUAUAUUGGUGCUAUUGGAGUUGCUAUCUUUAUGCCUCAGGCUUUCAAACGUCGUGUGAUGUUGUCUGCUCACUCAAUCUCUGCAUUGUGGUUACUUUUUCAGGCCAAAAAGUUGGACAAAGCAAAUUAUGGCAAGGCAUCCGCUAAAGAUGAAUUUGCUGGGUCGGAUUCAGGAUUUGGCAAAGCUCAACCUGCAUCAGCUAAUUCAAUUUCUGUUGUCGCAAAGGUUUUACAUUUUGGAUCUACUUGCUAUAAAUUCGUAAGGCCUUAUGCAAUGAUUCAAGUAAUUGUAUCGUCCGUCUCUUUCUUUGCAAGAGUGUUGGCAGAGAACCCACAAUUGUUUAAAUGCUCUCUAUUGUUAAAGGCAUUCCCAGGCCUAAUUGCUAUGAUUCUUGCGCACGUUUAUUCUAAUGGCAUUAAUCAGAUUUUCGAUGCUGAUAUCGAUAGGGUGAACAAACCUUAUUUACCUAUACCUGCAGGGGAAUUCUCAUUAAAACAAGCAUGGUUACUUAUGAUAUUCUCUGUGCUUGCUGGUCAAUUGAUUUUGUGGGUGAUGAAGGCCGAUCCAAUCACUUCUUCUCUAUACUGGUUGGGUUAUAUAUUGUCCACUAUGUACUCUGCACCUCCGUUUAGAUUCAAAGAAUCUUCUGUUGCAACAACUAUUUUGAUUCCUUCGCAAACUAUCAUUAACAAUGUUGGUGUAAUUUACACCACCAUGGCUUCUCUUGGACUUCCAUUCCGAUUGAGCCCCGCAUUUGUUUUCAUCCUUACCUUUAAUACAUUAUUUUUCGUGGUUAAUGUCAUCAUAAAAGAUAUUGAAGACGUUGAAGGGGACAUGAAGCAUAAUAUUCGAACAUUUGCGGCAAUAUUCGGACCUAAGAAUAUAGUACUUCUUGGCACGGGAAUUUUGUUGGUAAAUUAUAUUGGUGCUAUAGCAGCUGCCAUUUUCAUGCCUCAGGCUUUUAAGCGUCACGUAAUGUUACCUGCUCAUUUAAUUCCUGCCUUGCAGUUACUUUUUCAGGCCAAAAUGUUGGAUAAAGAAAAUUAUGCGAAGGAAGCAAGCGCAAAAUUUUAUAAAUUCCUUUGGAGGCUUCUUACAUUAGAAUUUCUCUCACUUCCUUUCAUGUAGCACAUUAAUAGCAAGUUAGUCGUAUGUUUUUCCUAUAUUGUGAGUUGUGUGUAAUGCAGUUAAGAUAUUAUUGUUUUCUAUCUUUUCUGAA